CGGUGUGGAUGAAAGUAACCUUGUCGCUCUUAUUCAUUAAAAGUCAGAUAUUUUCGCAGAUGAAAACCUAGCCAGCGUUAUGUUUUAUUAAACGUUAAUAAAAGUUAAACGAGGCAGUGUUUUAUAAACGUAUACAUUGUGACCGCUCGCUGGCGCUGUAACAUCAUGUGAUGUUGUCGCUUUUAGUUUGGAUGUUAUGGCCGGAAGUCGUGUCGGGCUAUCGCUUCAAUGCUGCUUUUAUUGUGAAAGGUUUAGCGGAAGUGUAUUUUACUCGUGUGUGCCAGCUUGACCCGGUGGUAGCUUCAUAGUUUAUCAACCACACAACACUCUGGAUGACUUUACGAUAUUACCUCAGAUAAUGCGGCGCCACUAAACACACACACACACACACACACACACACGUCUCAGUCGGUUUGUUUGACCACCGGAAAACUCAGAAACAUCUUUAUUGUAUAUACGUCUAUGUUUAUUGUAGAGGAACACGCUGCGCCUGCGCCGUGAACUAACGUUUUUUUUUCAGCUUGAGGUAUGUUGCUUUAGUUGAAAAUCAGCAGCUGCUGCAGGGAGCAGGGGCGCAGGCAAAGUGCAAUAACGGUGCGGAUCACAAGGACAGGAUACGAGCUGCAGUCCGGGUCGGGGAUCAUGGUGCGGUAAUAUGCAGUCAUUUCUGGCUGCUCGGUAAACGGAACGAGUCGUUUUCAUGUGGAAGACGCUUUCUCCCUCCUGGAUGAUCUCCCACAGCCAGGUCCACGUAUUGAGAUGAGCUAUUUUUGUGAUGGCGAAGGGUCUGUUUCCACGGGCCUGGGUGAAAAAGUCUUUCUACUUCCAGGCUCGGAUCUCCUUUGUGCGGGUGAAGUACCUGUUCCUCACAUGGCUGACUGUGCUGGUGGGGAGCUGGGUGCUCUACGUGCAAUACUCCGCCUACACAGAGCUGUGCAGAGGACACGAGUGCAAGAACGCCAUUUGUGACAAAUACAGGAAGGGGAUAAUCGAUGGCUCUGCCUGCAGCAGUCUGUGUGACAAAGAAACACUCUACAUGAGCAGGUGUUUGUCUACACUGCCAAAUAACCAGGUGUACACAGGAAGCUGGGGAGACCACGAUGGGAUUAUCCGCUGUAAGCUGGGGGAGGUUGUGCACUACGAGCUGGGCGAAGAGCCGGAGCCGCGGAGAGAGGCCCCCGUGUUCGACAAGCCCACCAGAGGAACAUCGGUGGAGAAGUUCCGAGAGAUGGUCUUUAAUCACCUCAAGUCCAAGCUUGGAGAGCAGGCUAACCUCGCCAGCCUCGUCAGCCAGAUCCUCUCUGUCGCCGAUGGCAACAAAGAUGGACGGGUGUCCCUGCCGGAAGCCCGCUCUACAUGGGCCCUCCUGCAGAUGGAUGAGGUGCUGCUGGGCCUACUGCUCCAGGACCGUGGACACACUCCUCGCCUCCUCGGUUACUGCGGGGACCUGUACAUGACAGAGCGAGUUCCUUACGGGCCCCUGUAUGGUUUGUCUCUACCCUGGCCACUAGUCUCCUGGGUGCCCAGUGGCUUGCAGCGCACUAUGGACCAGUGGUUCACCCCCUCAUGGCCUCGUAAAGCUAAGAUCUCCAUGGGCCUGCUGGAGCUGGUGGAGGACAUCUUCCACGGCACGUACGGCAGCUUCCUGAUCUGCGACCUCGCCGCAGCACACUUUGGUUACACAGACCGCCACGAGAUCCGUCUGACUAACACCCGAGCGGUGGUUUCUGAGGAUGAGUUCAAGCGCACCAUGCGGGUGUUGAAGUGUGAGACGGAUGCCGACUGUGUGUACGGGGUGGACUGCCAGACGUCGUGUGACGUGUCAGAGAAACGGUGCAGGGAGGAGCCAGUUCAGCCAAACUUGGCAAAGGCAUGUGGCGCGCUGAAGGACUACAUCCUGCGUGGGGCGCCUUCAGGGCUGAGAGAGGAGCUCGAGAGGCAGUUGUACGCCUGUAUGGCUCUCAAGGGUAAUGCUGGACAGAUGAACAUGGAGCACUCGCUUAUCCUCAACAACCUGAAAGCUCUGCUGUGGAGACAGAUCUCACACACCAAGGACUCGUGACGAGGAGAGGAAGUCCUUCUGAAGUCAUGCCAGUCUGCACCUCACUUGGCGCUGAGUAUUGAUGAUGCUGUGAUUUAGGAAUAGCAAAUUUAAUGAAGUAAUUUUUAUCAACUCUUUAACACUUGGAAUGGUCAGACAUAAGGAGACUCUACCUCCUCUAUCCCAGUCUCAGAAGUUCGGGGCCUGAAACACACACACAAGAUUUAAAUAAACUGAAUGAUUGCAUGAUGCCAUCAGUCACACUUAAAACAGUCCAUGCAACCACAUUGUAUUGUAUUGUUCACCACAGAGGAAUGUUAUGGGGGGGAACUGCUGGAAAAACAGACUUGUAAACAGAUUUGACUGUUUGUCUCAAAUAGCUGAGAGACCAAAUUGCUGUUUUUACCACAUAAUCAUGCUGAUAUGUGUGAGCUAACAAGGUUCAUCAGAAGAGUUUAUUCUGUUUAGACGUGACUGUUGUACAAAGCACCAGUUUAAAGUGUAAUGAUAUUGAACUAUUUUAAGAUCAGCUCCUUAAUUCUGUCAAUGUUGCUAAUGAGCACUAAAAAAUAAUCAGGAAGUGUAAAGAUAAGGUUGGUGAUAUUCAAAAUGUUUGCUUUCUAGCAAAUCUAAUGAAAAUCCCCAAACCAACAGUGCAUUAGUUCUUUAUACGUAUUGAUUUUACUACGCUGUCUGCAGCCCCAAGCCUAGCAAAGCUUGCUCAAACAGGAGUAAAUGGUGCAUUUGUUGGACACGUGAUGAAGGAACAUGUCACCCAGUGCAAACUUUAUACAGUUUUUGGACUAAAAUGGAGAAUCUGAAAAAAUCCAUUAUUGUAGGUUUUGGCUACAGGUAGUACAGUAAGACACAUUCUUUGUUGGUUUGGGUAUUUUCAAGUGUAGAGUUGACUAUAAGAGAAACAUAGAAUAUCACCAGACGUUACCUUUAACAAGUGCAGACUAGUGAGAAAUUUAAGAAAAAACCUUAACAGCCAGAAUAAAUGCCAAGGAGCAUUGAAGCUGUUCUGGAGGCUCAUUGUGGAUUCCCCUUUGUCACUCAUCUGCACAACACAUGAUCUACAAUGUAAUAUUGGUUUGUCAGUAUUCCACAGAGGUCAUAUACUGAAUGUCAGUGUACUCUGCUGUACUAUUCUCCACCUGUAACGCUAGUGAUGUCGUCAAUGCUGCAUCAAUGACACAAAGAGAAAUGUUGUAUUUAAUUUGGUUUGUGAAUGUUAUCUACUUGUAUUUUUCACUGAAAAGAGCAUUUGUUGUAAUGUGCUGUAUCACAUUAUUUUUAGAUUUCGUCUCAGUGCCAUAGAGAUCAUGCUGAAAUCAUUUAUGAAUGUUUACCAUCUCUAUAAAAUCUUGCAGUCACAUUUGAAUGCUGUAUAGGAGUGUAUUUUCCAUGACCCCUUUCAGACAAUGCUGUUGUGUAGUUACUCAGACCGGACCGACAACCUGACUUGUUUAACCACUUUAAAUGAAGAACAGACGUGACCUGUAAAGCAUGUCAAGCUUGUGGUCGAUGCUGCUGUUUGAAUUUUGAAAAUGUAAAAAAAAGUGUUUACUUAUUGAAGAGACCAGCAUGAUUUUUGCACAAUUAAACUACAUACCACUUCACUGUCAA